UGAUAUGACAAAAAUAGCAGACGACAGUGCGCUGCGAAGGCUGCUUUCAUCUCAUCUCUUUGUCGUGAGGUUCCUGAAUGUAAGUGCGGAGGAGAGGUCUCGCGAUUAUAGUUCAUAGUUUUAUCCGAAACUUUCGAAGCUCGAAACACUUACGAACGAAAAUGGCUGAAAUAACAGACUUUGGGCCGAAGAAGACAAUUUUUAUACUCGCGAUUGUGGCUGGCUGCUUUGCGAUAUUAUGGCCGAAAAUUUUCUACCCUAUGCUUACAGCAUCUGUCACUUCACAUCAUCAUACGGACAACUCCGCAUGCUGUGAAGUGAUAUUUGAAAGUGAUGUCACUACAGUGGAUAUUAUGCAAGAAAUGUGUCAAAAUAUAUUGAGGCAUCAUCCAGUUGAUCCACGCAUUAGAGACGCAUUAAAACACAGCAAAUUGUCUCCUCAAACCUCCAGCUUGUGCAGAGAAGAAGUUCUAGCCCGAUGUGGCAUAGAUUUAUCAUCCUUUCUAGCUGAGAGGGAACGUUUGGGGAAAACCUAUAAACAAGUACUAGAAGAAAUUAGAUCAUUCAAUGGUUCCCUCUGUCUCAAGAUGAAUUUUGGUAUACCACUAUCACAGUUAGGGACACCUCAUCUUAUCAGAUAUCAUAUCUUGAUGCCACACAAUACGAUACGACAAGAGCGUCGUACUCCUCCUCACGCAGGCGAAAUGCAUCCUGCAAUGAGAGAACGGGGAAGAGCCAUACCAUCCUCCCACAUUGUACCGAGGAUAGUGGACAGAUCUGAUCACGUCAUGCCAAAGAUGAGGCCUCCUCUCGGCGGCGCUGCUCAUGUUGUCCCAACUCCAAAGGGAAACAGUACAACGGGAAUGUUAAUGCCGCUUUAUACAAUAGCAAUAGUUGUGUUCUUCUUGUACACCAUCGCAAAGGUGUUCAAAAAGAAUUCUGACAACGAAAUCAUUUCGGAAUAUCCAGGAGCAGAAGCUGAAAAGGAAUUUCGCAAAAUGGUGUUUAAUCCGGAAAUUUUGGCGACUGCAAUGACUGGAGGUACACUGCAUUAUCAGAGAGAAAUGUCAGCUGCACCCACCAUAGAGGAAUUAAAGGAUCAAGCAGCAGGAGACAUAGAGAUAGAUCAACUGAGACAACGAUUGGUCGAGACGGAAGCAGCCAUGGAAAGAAUUGUUGUCCAGAUGGGCAACAUAUCACGUUCAGUAAUGCAUAACUCGGCCUCACAGCCAGAAAUCAAGGAGGACACUGCAGACCAGGAGUUACAUAGUAGAGAAAGUGAAGAAUUAGAUGCAGUAGAACAAUCACCGACUGUUAAAGUCAUGGGUAUGGAAAUGACAGCAAGUUGCGAAAGUGGACAGAAAUGUAGCAGACCUACCACUCCCAUAAUUCCUACACCACCCAGCAGUAAUGUCGAGAGAGAAAAAACGCCACCAAAACCCAUAUAUCUAGAGGGUGCACUUCCGCCACAAUGCGAAUUACUUGUGACCGACUCAGAAACGCAAGCAGAAAAAUCAGAAGACGAUGACGAUGCUCCCGUUGUUCUUUCUGGCAAAAUGACUCUCUCCCUCAUCAGCCUCGACCAGAUCGCAGCUGAAUCAGAGGAUGAAACUCGAGAUACAAAGGAGGUAGAAGGCAUGGAUGGUAAGAAAAGAGAAACAAUUUUGGACAUCCAAGGAAAAGUUAAAGAUAUGGCUGAUGAAGAAAAGAUAAUUCAGAAACAGGCAAAGAAGAUUAAAGUAGAGAUGGAAGAUGAAGAAACUGAGAAAGAGGUUGAAGAAAUUGUUGAAAAAGUGGAGGAUAUACAAAAUAACGUGAACUUUAUGAGGGAUUAUAAACAAUUUGAAGUGAAACAAAAGGAAGAAAUAAAAGUGAAAAAGGAAAAUGAUAUGAAAGAUGGUAAUAAAAAGAUAGAAAUGGAAGAGGAAUACGAAGAGGAAGAAGAAGAGGAGGAGGAGGAGGAGGAGGAGGUGGAGGAAGAAGAGGAGGAGGAGGAGGUGGAGGAAGAAGAGGAGGAGGAGGAGGAGGAAGAGGAAGAAGAAGAGGAAGAAGAGGAGGAGGAGGAAGAGGAGGAGGAGGAGGAGGAAGAAUAUGAAGAAAAGGAACUACAAGAAGAAGAAAUAGAAACAGAGGAAGAAGAACAAAAACAUAAAAUUACAGCAGAGGUGAAACAUGAACAAAUAGAUAUAAAGAAACAAGAAGAAAAAGAAGAAGAAGAGGAGGAUGAGAUAGGGGAGGAAGAGGAGGAUGAGGAAGAAGAAAGACAGCAGGAAGAGGAGGACGACGACGAGAUGGAGGAGGAAGAAAAGCACCAAGGAGGAAAAGCCAUGGAACAUCAGCAACUCAGUCAUAUGAAAAAUGAUAAAACUUGUGAAAAUAAAAAGAAAUAUAUGGAAGAUUCUGAUCAGGAUUUAGAACAAUCAGAAGGUGAGGGCACCGAAGACGAUAAAAUGGAAGACGACGAUAUGGAUGCUGAUGAAGAAGAUGAAGAGCAUGAGGAAAGCGAUGCAAAAGAAUCUGGAAUACUUUCCAGCGAACGCGUUACUCGCAAGAAAAGAGAUUAGAGCAAUUCUGUUUUUCUGGCAAUGAAUCAGUGUUUACCAAUCUUUAAAAAAUCUCUACAUUAUAAUGUAAAGAAAACAAAAUCACAAUGAUUAUGGAAAAGCUGGCAUACCCGCAACAUGAAAAUGUAUAAACUUGUUUAAGCACUGCCAAAUAUUUAAAAUGCUAUGUGCAUCACAUUUUCGUUUUAUUACUCGUUAUAUUCGAUAUGUGAUAGAAUCACAAAUUUAUUAAUUAUACAGGGGCCAAAAGAAAGAGGCAGUGCUUCAUACAUUUGUGCCAUAUUACAAUAUCAGAACAGCUUAGAUUCUUGGAUCUAUAUAUAGAUGUUACUCUGUCUAGCCAGAAAGCCAUUUAUGAAAUGUUUUUUAGGAUUUGAUAGAUAAAACAAUUAUUAAUAAGAGACAAGUCUUUCUCUGAUCAUUACGUAGCGUAAUGAUAUAGAUAAAUAUAAAAUUCGGUGAUUGGCAAGCACUGAUACAAUUUACAUGUUAAAGCCAAAGACCAGAUCUAGUCAUUUUUUCCUAUUUCGAGUAAAGUUAGUUCAUAAAUCUUUUGCUUCGUAUACUAAUUAUCAUUUUUAUUCGAACAUUUAAUUUUAUAUCAGACUUAGCAUUUGACUCUGUAUUUCUAGUUCUUAUGUUGAUUUUAUCAAUGAACGCUUCUCGACAUAUAUAUUUAAUGUGGAAAAUAGGAUGCUUUAUCAUUUCGACAUUUGAUUUUGGUUUGUACUUAAACAUGUGAACAUAAAAUAUAUUCAUUUAAUAGUA